CUAUUUGCUUGAAAACAUGUUCAAAGCAUUAGUCAAUUAGCAAGUGUUCAGAGAAAAUGGGUGAGAUAAAGGACUGUCGUAGAAGGCCAAAGUCAUUCUGUUAAGUUUUUUAGCAUUUUGUUUGGCGAAGUGAAAAAAUUCAGAUGGAAGUAGCUGAAAUGUGAUUGGAAGAUUCCCAUUCAAUGAUAUGGCAUUUAUCCAAUCUCAGAGUGCAAAUCUUGCCUGUAGACACUGUUCCUCCGGUGCUCUAGGAGCAGUAAAAUUAUGUAGAAGAAGAUACACCAGUUACUUUGGAACAGAUCGUACAAGCCUGAAUACAAGAGUAAACCCCCUGGGAUCUCCACUUUGUAGAGCGUCUCCCUUUCGGAAGCACAAUAUUGUCUGUUCUUUGACCCGGUUCGCAGAAACACUCAUGUUAUUUUAUGCUUUUCUUUUAGCUGGAGGAGGAGUAGCGGGCUAUUUAAAGGUGAAGAGCACAGCCUCUAUUGUUUCCGGCGUAGUUUCAGGUCUAUUACUGACAUAUGCUUGGUAUGAAAAGUCGAUACCUGUCGCUUUAGUAGUUUCGUUGGUACUAGUCGUGGUAUCUGCCAUUCGUUUUUCAAAGUCCAAAAAAUUCAUGCCUGCCGGUCUACUUGGAGUAGUAAGCGUUUGUGCUUCUGUUAUCUUUGCAAUGGCGUUGCGUGCGUAGUUGAAGGCAACUCAUUUGUCUGUUAGGGUUUACAUAAAAUGUUUCUUUUAUAUGUUUCAAACUAGUUGGAGACAAAUAAGAUACUCUGCAGUCGACAAUAAUAGUCU